AUGCGGCAGAUCAUUGGCAUACUUGUGCUCAUGCUGAUGCAGGUGCUCGCGGUGACAUGGCAGCAGCAGCCGACAUCUUCCACCAGUGCCAUGACUCCCAACCCAACCAUUUGCGGUGAAAUUGUGAAUAACGAGGAAGUGUCUAUAUUCGACGCGAGCCAAGCCUACAAGUGUCUGACGAGCCUUCCGUUCCACGCAGAUAUUGCCAGUCAACUUGUCCAAUAUCUCAACGACAUCGUUCAAUUCCACAGUACUCUCGCCUAUUUGGCUGAUCCACCACAGAGCUACCAGCAGCCGGCCGUUGACCUCGUAGCCGGGUUGUCUCAACUCCAACGUGAUAUUGAUGAUAAUAUCUUCCGCAAUGAAUAUGCCUUUGAGACGGCUCUGAACCACUUGAUCCAUGCUGCCCAUGAUGAUCAUCUUACACUCGUCGGCGGCGCACUGUCCCGAUUUACAUAUGCAGCUCCUUACAGCAUCGUGUCUGUUUCGUUGGACGGGGUAGAGCUGCCCAAGGUUUACAUCUCAGAUGAUUUAUUCGCCAACGAAACGGGUUGUCUACAUUGGCAGCCGUCAGCCAUCGCAACCGUUAAUGGUCAGGAUGUCGUUGAAUACCUGAUGCAGUUUGCUUCUGUUAACUCCAUCGGAAAGCUUGAGCCUCAUGCAGAUUGGAACAUGUUGAUGCGAAGUGCGGCAUUGGACAUCCAAGGAAAACGGGAGGUCUUCCACGGAGCUGCCACCUCCUACCCAGGAGACUUCAUUACAUUUACGUUCGAGAACGGUACGACGCUCGGCCCCCUUCCUUGGAAGGCUUCAUUCUGCUGCCAGGAGGGCAAUGGAUCGCUGCAGACGAUGGACGACUUCUAUAAUCUUUUUGUCCUAGGCGGCUAUCCUGCGUCAUCCGACGAAAGCCUGGCGGCAUCCACGACGACUAUCUCCAAGCGAGGAGUCGUGAUCUCAUCGAACACAUCAACUCCCAAAUUAACUCCUUUUGAAAACCCAGCAUAUCCCUCAAAAGCUGAUGUAAUAGAGGCAAGCUACACUAGGAAUGGGGGAUCGCUUCUAAGAGGUUACUUCUUGCAUGAUGCCUCCUUAGCAGUUCUUAGCAUUCCGCAUUUUGUGGCUGCCACCGAUGCUCCCCAAUCGUUCAGCAACACAGUUAAGAAAUUCCUCGCACGCAGCACCAACGCAGGCCUUAAGAAAGUAGUUAUUGACGUACAACAGAACCCAGGUGGAAGCCCUUUGUUAGUACUUGAAGUCUUUAAGAUAUUUUUCCCUUCCAUUACGCCGUGGGCAAGUAGUCGUCGACGCGUUCAUCCAAUGGCAAACGCUCUAGGUUCUGUCCUAACAACCUACUGGCAAAACCUCACCAUGGACCAUCCGGAGUAUCACAAGUUAAUAGCUAACGAGUGGGUGGUAACCGGCCGGCUGGACCUAGAUACUGGAAGAAACUUCACCUCGUGGGAUGAUUUUGUCGGACCAGCAGAUCAUUAUCGUGGAGAUGGCUUUACGAAGAAGGCAAGUAUCCAAACCCAAUCCUUCUACCCCGAGCAAUACAAUUUAUCAAGCACCUUAUUUACCAUGGGGGCGGCUGGAAUUGAAAUCGAUGACCAUGAUGACGGUCAGCCAUAUAAACCUGAGGACAUCAUUAUCCUGAGUGACGGGCUCUGCUCGUCGGCAUGUGCACUUUUCAUGGAACUUAUGCAUCAUGAAGCAGGAGUGCGAACCGUUGUAAUCGGAGGCCAACCCAGCUAUGGGCCGAUGCAGGCACCAAGUGGAACCCGUGGUGCAGCAGUUUACAAGGCUGAGGAUAUACAUGAAGACAUCGGCCUGGCGCGAGGCAUUGACAAAUCGGCGCAUGUGGACUUACCCAACCGCGCACAUGUGUUCUUCAUUAAUACCGCCACAGUCAAUCUUCGAGACCAGGUCCGGCACACUGACACCUCCGCCACUCCUUUACAAUUUCUCUAUGAGGCCGCUGACUGCAGGAUAUUCCUCGUUCCCGAGACCUGGUACAACUAUACCAAUCUCUGGAAGUAUGCUGCAGGCGCAAUAUGGCAGAAUCCCGCACUUUGUGCCAAAGGCUCAAGGACGGAGCAUACCCAGCCGACUCAUCCUUCAGUGCCAGGAAAGCCUUACACUGCGAGCAGUGUUCUAUCCAAUCUGGCAGACUCUCAAUCCGAUGAACAUCCCCAAAGCAUACAAGACAAAUCCAACUUUAUCCAAGACGCCGCAGAACGUUCAAGAAACCAUCUAGGAAAGCCUUGUUGGGACAAAGAGGAUUGUGAUCUUGGAGGCAGUUGCUCAUGUAAGGCGGUCAUGGUUUGUGUUCACCAAGUGAUAUAUAAGAACCAGAAAUUUGAAGACAUAUAUGAGCCAGAAUUGCGGAAACUAUGUGUUUCAGACUGUAUGCUGAACACACCCUGCCCUGAUAGCACUCGACCUAGGUGCCAAACCUUACAUUCGGACCCUCGUGGCAAGCUUCGUUUUGGCUAUUGUGGGCCUCCGAAAGGACCAUGUACCUCUCCACAGGCUCAGGCCCCUGUUAUUGCAUACCGGGGAGAGGGUGAGGGCACUUGUUAUGGCACAAAGGACACUCUUACAUGCUAUGACUCAAAGAACGUCACAAAGUCCCGCAUGGUAAAUGUGCAUCCCCAGAUUUAUUCGCCAGAUGCUCUUGUCCACUAUCGCGACGAGACAACGGGGGAGAGAAACUGUUGUUGCAGGGCCAGAAAUCGUGUCUGCACGGGCACCUCCAAUCUACAGUGUACACCAACGAACAGCGAACCUGUUUGUGUUUGCUCGGACAAAACUCUGCAAUGUCCGGUGCACCUCUAG